UUUGCCUUUGCUUACCACCAUCAACGCUCUCUCUCUCUCUCUCUCUCUCUCUCUCUAUAAAGGCAAAGGCAAGAUCAUCUAUCCCACUAUUCUCUCCUCUCACAUUUUCACCAUGACUGAUAAUCCCUGCUCAAAUUUCUACACAGACUGGUACAGAUUCAACCCUUUACACCAUUUUUCUACCAAAAGUCCUCCUCAUUACCUGAUGAGUUCUCCAUAUAUUCACAACUUGUACUCAUCAAACAGUCAAACCCCCCCUUCUUCAUCUCCUGUGAGAGAAGCUCUUCCCCUUCUGAGCUUAAGCCCCACUAGAAAUAAUGAAGAAAAACAAGAGCCCUUUUGGAAUUCAGACAUGGAUUUGGACAAGAACAAAGAGACAGAAGAUAGGGUUACUGCUGUUGAUAAUGAAGGGGUUACUGUUGCUCUGCACAUAGGGUUACCAAACCCUAGCGCUGCUGAUCUGGCAUCUAUACUCUCUGAAACCACUACUAAAGAUGAAGAAUCUGAUGUUUCAGGUUAUCCAAUCAACAGACUCAAGGGACAAUAUUGGAUUCCUACCCCUUCUCAGAUUCUUAUAGGUCCAACACAGUUUUCAUGUCCUGUUUGCUUCAAAACCUUCAACAGAUACAACAACAUGCAAAUGCACAUGUGGGGGCAUGGAUCACAGUAUAGAAAAGGGCCUGAAUCUCUAAGAGGCACUCAACCAACAGGAAUGCUCAGACUCCCUUGUUAUUGCUGUUCGCCUGGUUGCAAAAACCACAUUGACCAUCCAAGAGCAAAACCCUUGAAAGAUUUCAGAACUCUUCAAACUCAUUACAAGAGGAAGCAUGGAACCAAGCCUUUCAUGUGUAGAAAAUGUGGCAAAGCUUUUGCAGUGAGAGGAGAUUGGAGAACCCACGAAAAGAAUUGUGGUAAACUUUGGUACUGCAUUUGCGGUUCUGAUUUUAAGCACAAAAGAUCCUUAAAAGAUCAUAUUAAAGCUUUUGGGUAUGGCCAUGGAGCUUUGGGAAUUGAUGGUUUUGAAGAAGAAGAUGAACCUGCAUCAGAAAUUGAACAAGAUGAUGAGUCCAUGCAGUAGUAAUAAGUAUAUAAAUAUAUAAAUAUAUAUAUAAAAUAAAAUUGCAGUAAUUAAUUAAGCUUUUCCAAGGAUAUCUCAAUUUUAAGAGGCAGAUUUGCUUUAUUUUGCAGGAAUUUCUUGGCUAUGUGGGGGAGAAUAUAUGAUGAAACUUAAAUUAUAUUAUUAAUCAAGCUCAGCUUGAACUAUUUUCUUGUAAA